GGCCCCGACUCGGGGGCGCACAGCGGGCCUCGGGGCGUCGGGCGAGAUGGCGGCGCGCAGUCUGGGCCGCGGCGUCGGGCGGCUGCUGGGCGGUCUGCGCGGGCUGAGCGCGCCGCGACGGGCGGCCUCGGGACUCUCGGGCCGCGCCCCCGCCGCUGCCGCCGCCGCCGCCGCGGUGCCGCUCGGCUCGUACCCGGCGCUGAGCGCGCAGGCGGCCCGAGAGCCGGCCGCCUUCUGGGGGCCGCUGGCGCGGGAUACGCUCGUGUGGGACACCCCUUACCACACGGUCUGGGACUGCGACUUCAGCAGUGGCAAGAUCGGCUGGUUCCUGGGAGGCCAGUUAAACGUGUCCGUCAACUGCUUGGAUCAGCAUGUUCGGAAGGCCCCUGAAAGUGUUGCUUUGAUCUGGGAGCGAGACGAGCCUGGAACUGAAGUGAGGAUCACCUACAGGGAACUGCUGGAGACCACAUGCCGCCUGGCCAAUACGCUGAAGAGGUAUGGAGUCCACCGAGGGGACCGUGUGGCCAUCUACAUGCCUGUGUCCCCACUGGCUGUGGCGGCAAUGCUGGCCUGUGCCAGGAUUGGAGCUGUCCACACAGUCAUCUUUGCUGGCUUCAGCGCGUAUUCCUUGGCCGGGAGGAUCAAUGAUGCCAAGUGCAAAGUGGUUAUUACCUUCAACCAAGGACUGCGGGGAGGGCGCGUGGUAGAGCUGAAGAAAAUAGUGGAUGAAGCCAUGAAGCAGUGCCCGACCGUCCAGCAUGUCCUGGUGGCUCACAGGACAGACAAUGAGGUCUACAUGGGGGACCGGGACAUCCCCCUCGAGCAGGAGAUGGCCAAGGAGGACCCUGUGUGUGCCCCAGAGAGCAUGGGCAGUGAGGACAUGCUCUUCACACUAUACACCUCGGGGAGCACCGGCUCGCCCAAGGGGCUCAUCCACACUCAGGCUGGCUACCUGCUGUAUGCCGCUCUGACUCACAAGCUUGUGUUUGACUAUCAGCCAGGCGACGUCUUCGGCUGUGUGGCUGACAUCGGCUGGAUCACAGGACACAGCUACGUGGUGUAUGGACCCCUCUGCAAUGGAGCCACCAGUGUCCUUUUUGAGAGCACCCCAGUUUACCCUGAUGCUGGUCGGUAUUGGGAGAUGGUUCAGAGGUUAAAGAUCAAUCAGUUCUACGGGGCUCCCACAGCUGUCCGGCUGUUGCUGAAGUACGGGGAUGCCUGGGUGAAGAAGUAUGAUCGCUCCUCCCUGCGGACCCUGGGCUCAGUGGGAGAACCCAUCAACCUCGAGGCCUGGGAGUGGCUCUACAAGGUAGUGGGAGACAGCAGGUGCACGCUGGUGGACACCUGGUGGCAGACAGAGACGGGCGGCAUCUGCAUCUCGCCGCGGCCUUCUGAGGAAGGGGCGGAAGUCCUCCCUGGCAUGGCGAUGCGGCCCUUCUUUGGUAUCAUCCCCGUUCUCCUGGAUGAGAAGGGAUGUGUCGUGGAGGGCGGUGAUGUCUCUGGGGCCCUGUGCAUCUCCCAGGCAUGGCCGGGCAUGGCCCGGUCCAUCUAUGGCGACCACCAGAGAUUCGUGGACACCUACUUCAAGCCCUAUCCAGGCUAUUACUUCACUGGAGACGGGGCUUACCGAACCCAGGGUGGCUAUUACCAGAUCACAGGGCGGAUGGACGACGUCAUCAACAUCAGCGGCCACCGGCUGGGGACCGCAGAGAUUGAGGACGCGAUGGCUAACCACCCCGCAGUGCCAGAAACCGCUGUCAUUGGCUACCCCCACGACAUCAAAGGAGAAGCCGCUUUUGCCUUCAUCGUGUUGAAAGAUGACUCGGGUGACUCAGAGGCAGUGGUGAAUGAACUCAAGUCGGCGGUGGCCACCAAGAUCGCUAAGUACGCCGUGCCUGAUGAGAUUCUGGUGGUGAAACGUCUUCCAAAAACCCGGUCAGGAAAAGUCAUGCGGCGGCUCCUAAGGAAGAUAAUCACCGGCAGAACUGAGGAUCUGGGGGAUACCACCACCCUAGAGGACCCCAGGGUCAUCACAGAAAUCCUAAGUGCCUACCAGAAGUGCAAGGAGAAGCAGGCUGGCACCAAGUGAGCGGGCGCACCUCAGCCUGGGCUCCCGGACCGAGACCGAGCGCCCAGGCCCCUGACUUGUCCUUCUCGAACUAGCCCCAAAGGUUGGCUUACUCCCAGAUGUCCCAGAAGUUGUUUCCCCAGCACAUAACCCACACCACCCCUAAUGUGAAGUUGGGCUAAAAGCCCUUCUGUUGGAGAUCCCAGAAGUGUGGCCCAUGAAGAGGCACUGUCAGACGUGGGGAGGGUUCAUUCCACUAGUCCUGAGUUUGGUUUCCUGGGUGAAAAAUCACUGUCAUCUCUGUUUCUGUGUCCUCUGGAGACAGCAGGGAAGGCGAGAAACCUGGUACAGCAUGCCUGCUCAGGUAGCCUAGAACCGGAGGCACCACGCUUUCUCCAGAUGUUUCUAGAUACAAAGGCAAAGGUUUUAUUUUUAUACUUUUGUAUUUUGGAAGAAUAAUAUGCAAACACUCAAGAGUAAUGUGAGCAUGUACUUUGUAACACUUCAGAGUGAUGAAAAUCUUUUUUGCCUUCCCUGGUGGGGAAACGCGGUGAGGAUCAGAGCGUGCACUCUUGGUUGUUGUUUAGCAUGUUUGGAAAUCUAGACUGGAGCUGUUUGUAUCUCUGUCUAGACGGCUGUCUUGAGAACUUCCAGGCCUCCAUAGCCUUCCCUGGUGUCUGUUUCUCCAGUGCUUGGGCUGUGAAUAAUGGAACUAACCCUAAGCGAUGGGGGAUUGUGCUCUCCUUCCAAUUCUGAAGCCACUCCGGUUGUGUUCUGUUUCUCCAAGCUGUGAUCUGGAAAGAUUUUUUCCACCCUGGAUGCCUCUUGGUAGGAGGUAAACAUGCUCCAAAUAUGUGGGGAUGUUCAGGGAAGCCAGUGAAAACUCAGGUGACUUGUUAGAGCACUCAUGUGGCUGGAACUGGGUCCUUGCAAACUCUACCUGUCCUUCUUUCUGUGAUGGGGGCAGUAAGAACCACUGUAGUCCAACAAUGAGACCUGGAGCUCCAAAUCACCUCUCUCUCCUUUAAUGUGCUUUAAGUCCUCCAAACAUUAGUAAGAUGAUGUAAAUCAUGAGGUCACCAAGUGCUUAUUUCUUAGCUGAGCAUGCAAGGGCUGACAGUGUGGUGGGUGACAGGUGAACGGUCGUCCUCAUCUUUGCUCCACUGUUUACCCCACAGUGCCUUGCAGCUGUGUUCAAGGGGCACUGGGGUACUGAACACCUAUUAUGGGCCAUGGCUGUGCUGGCCUCUUGGGUGGUCAGGUGAGUAUACCUGUGGCAACCAGGAUGUGACAUUGGCUGUACACGCACAUAUACCGAGUAAUGGUCUUUUGUUACAGGCAUAGCGACAAAGAGCCAUGCACUGGACUUGGCAGACUGUAGUCAUGGUGCUAUUUAUGAAGUGGCUUAGUUUCCACAUUGCUGAUAGAAACUCGGACAGUGGUCCAGGGCCUCGGAAUGAUCUGCAGUAGAAUUCAAAUAAAGCUUUAUUUUGUUCAUUCUC